CAAGGUCUAUUGCUUGCAAACGUGUUUCUGCUUGUGGAAUCCACUUCUACCAAAAAUCGAAUGCGCGCUAUUUUAUCUAUUAUCAUCCUCCUGACAAUGAUAUGUUAUAAUAUCAAGACACGGCCAUGUUACGUUGACAAGAUCAAUUUUUUCCGCUCCGCCUCAUUUAGCUGCAUUUUGUGGACAUCUUCACUGAUAGCCAUCCUCAGUGAUACAAAUGCAGCACAAAGCUUAGGUCCAUGGGCUGUUCUCUUCAUCAUUAUCGGAGGCUGGGCUUUGAUCAUUAUUCUAUUUGUCUUGAUUUACUUCAUCUACUAUAAGCAACCC